AUGGACCACGAGCGGAUAAUAAGUAUAAAGGCAUCAAGUCAAACAGAUCAUGCCGGCGAUUCGGACAGCACAUCGCAUCCAAGACUACGCCUCUACGCCAGCACUAUGCCUUCCGCAAAUACCGAAACCGACACUUCCCAGAAAAAACUUGCAAAUACUGGUUAUAAGGAGAUUUUUACGGGCCCCGGUGGCUUUGAUAGGGAGAUAGAAGAGGUUGGAAAUCAUAUUUAUCCUCCAGCGUCACAUCCUAAUUACCUUCCUACUUGGGAUCCUAAGCAGAAGUUCCCACCACUUCAACCAUUCAGACAUGUGGAACACGGUCUCGAUGCCGACAAAAAUUUCCCAGAUCUCCUACCAUCUGACGUUCAAAAGGAGGAUCUGACACCGACAAUUGGUUCAGUCGUGCGAGGGAUCCAACUUAGCCGCCUGAACAAUGCAGGGCGAGAUCAACUAGCACUUCUCACUGCACAACGGAGAGUUCUUGUUUUCCCAGACCAAGACUUUGCUUCAUUACCGAUCAGCGAUGCAACGGCCUUCGCUGCAUACUAUGGCCGUUUACACGUCAUGUCUAUCAGCGGUGCUCCUGAGGGAUUUCCUGAAAUCCACAUCGUUCACCGCGGCGCUGGUGAUAUGAAAGUCCAAGGCUUAUUGGCGGGCAGAACUACAUCUGUUACUUGGCAUAGUGAUGUGACCUAUGAAGAGCAACCGCCAGGUACUACGAUCAUGUACAUGCUCGACGGACCUCAAGUUGGUGGAGAUACUCUUUUCUCCGAUAACGCUGAGGCGUACAGACGAUUGAGUUACCCGAUGCAGAAACGACUUCACGGACUUACUGCAAUGCACUCUGGGGUUGAGCAGGUUGAAUCAAGUCGGUUGAUGGGGGGUAUCGUUAGGCGGGAGCCAGUUAUCUCUGAACACCCCAUUGUGAGAACACAUCCUGUGACUGGAGAGAAAGCACUUUUUGUAAAUCCACAAUAUACACGGUACAUUGUUGGUCUCAAGAAGGAAGAGAGUGACAUGCUCUUGAAGUUUCUCUACGAUCAUAUUGCUUUUGGAUCAGAUUUCCACGCUAGAGUAAAGUGGCAGAAAGGGGCGGUGAUCCUCUUUGAUAAUCGUCUUGUAAAUCACUCGGGAAUGCUUGACUGGGCAUCUGGUGAGCGCCGUCAUCUUGCCCGUCUCACGCCGCAGGCUGAAAAGCCGUAUGAAACACCAAUCGGACCACAACGUAGUUCUAAGCUUUAG